AUGAUCAAUCGCUACGUGGCACCUGGGCUUCUCGGAGAACGUGGUGGCAAGCUGAAGCCUUUGCCUGCCGAUAGACCGUCUUUCAACUUGAACUCACACCCAGAUACUACACAAGCCUCCGUCAUCAGUAGCUUGUUGGAUCGGAUCCACGGCUUAGAAGAGCAGCUGGCGAGUGCCACUUUGAAUGAGCAAGCGAGAAGUGGUACAUUGCCGAGACAGGAAAGCUCAGAUGCCACAAGCGGUCAGUUUGUAAAGUCGAAGUUUUACGGCCAGAGUCAUUGGAUCAACGCUAUAGACCCUUACGAUGCUCUUGGUGCUGCGAAUACUACGAUCAACGAAAACACAAACAGGAAAGAGGUGAACAAGUCGACCGAACUGUAUGCUACCGUCUCAGAAGUGAAACGAAUGGCUCGCAUCAUCAAGGCCUCGCGCAUGUCACAGCCUUCAAUAUCACCAGAAUUGCAAGCAUGCAUUCCACCCAGGGAGAUCAGCGAUGCGCUUGUUGACUGUUACCUGCGCACAUUCGAGGGCGUCUUUCGUGUCUUGCACGUUCCUUCUUUCAAGAAGAUAUACGACGCCUAUUGGUUAGGCACUAUGCCUGCAAAGCCCUCCAUCGUUCAUAAGUUUCUACUGGUAUGUGCAAUUGGCGUACCAUUCUACACUGGACCAGAGCAAGCCAAGCUCCGCGUCUCGGCCGUGAAAUGGAUCCAGGCUGCAGCAGAGUGGCAAAGUGCUCCUCAUGCGAAGUCGCGUCUCAACAUGAUAGGAUUGCAAAUACAGAUUCUUAUUCUAAUCGCACGCCAAGUUUGUAAUGUCGAUGGCGACCAUAUUUGGAUACCUGCAGGCACACUGUUACGAACGGCUAUGCAUCUUGGUUUGCAUCGCGAUCCAUCUCAUUUCCCCAAAAUCAGCGUCUAUCAUGGUGAGAUGCGACGCAGGCUUUGGGCAACCGUCUUGGAGAUUACUGCGCAAAGUAGCCUGGAUAUGGGCAUGCCACCCAUGGUUUCUCUCAACGACUACGAUACUAAGCCGCCGUCUAAUAUCAACGAUGAAGACAUGGGUGAAGGCAUUGAGGCGUCUUUGGAUGCGAAAUCAGAAACUGUUUUCACCGACAGUAGCAUCCAAAUUGGUUUUACACGGACUCUUCCUGUAAGGUUAGAGAUCAUCAAGCUGAUCAACAAUCUACGCUUUGAUCUACCGUACGAUGACGUACUGCGCGUCGGCAGCGAGCUAAUCAGCGCCUGUCGCAAGGGGAUGAUAUUCUUCAAAGCCGCAUUAGCUGCGGGACACAACAUCACGCCUUUCCAGAUAAAAAUGUGCGACACCCUAGUCCGACGCUUCGUCCUCUGUCUUCACCGCCCAUACUUCUCAAAAGCAUUCAGAAACCCACGCUAUCAUUACUCAAGAAAGAUAUGUUUGGACACCUCGUUAGCAAUCUACGCGCCGGCGACGGACAACGCGCCUGAUGAAGAAGACGAUUGGACACGUAUGACACAACGAUGUGUCGGCUUCUUUAAGUCAUUUUUCCUCUACGGCAUGUCAACCGUAUAUUACGAGCUUACUUCGCAAAUCAAUGAGAGACUCGAAGAUGCAGCGCUCUUUGCUCCCAUGGUUUCCGCACGUACACCAACAUCUUCCACCACAGGGUUGUCAUCAUUACCGGCACAGUAUCAGCCUCUACGUGAAGUCCUGGAAUCAUCACGCUGCUUAGCGAUAGCCCGGAUUCAUAAUGGCGAAACGAACGCAAAGGGUGUCGUUUUCAUAAAUUGUGCCCUAGCACGCAUCGACGCUUUAAUAUCUGGCAACGACCCCGACGCAGCUGUCCUUGAAGCAGCAAAAUCUUCUACCAGCGAAACGAGUCGGAUACUGGCUGAAGUAUAUCGAGAAGAGCACGGCGAAGAAAUUGAUCUAGGUCUUUCGAGCGGAUGUUUCAAUGGAAGAGAACACGGCCGUGGCGAAGGCGCUGAUGACAUCACUGGGAAGCAUCUUCCUACUGGUACUGACGUCCAGAGAGGCUUCAGCAAUGUUGCAGACUUCCCCUCUUUCGACGGCACGAUGGAGGGAAUGAAUAUGCUGGACGCCGAUCUAGGAGAUAUGAACAUGGGUGUGGAUGUUGACAUUAAUGCCUACAUGCAAGGACAGCCUAUGGACAUAGGGAGUGGCUUCCAUUUCGGAAGGAGCCCCGAGUGGUUUUAUGAUCUUAAUGGGUGGGCUGGGACGGGCAAUCCCGGGAACCUUGGGUACGGUGUUUGA